CCGAUCAUCGCAGUCAUCGCGAGAUCGUUCCACGGAAAGGGUGCUCGCGCCGUACUACGCUCGCGGAGAGAGAAAAGCCGCUGCCUGGUGUUGUUGGUGGUUGCUGUGCUGUGUGCCAUGCUGUGUUUGGCAUGGGUGAUAUCGCGAGUGAAGUGCGAAAUACUGUGUCUCGGGGUUUGGGAUUUAUGAGUGAUCCGAUGGAAGUAUGUAUGAGGAGGAAGUUUUGGUGACAGCAAGCGUGACUAGUUUCUGAAAGUGAUUGUGUGUGACUGCGUUAGAGUGACUGCGAUGUGUAAUUGAGUUAGGCUAUCAAAUGUGAUGAGACACUAGGAAGUUGAUGAAUUUACUGGAGAAGUUCCAAUGAAGAAGAUGACAGCUCGUGGGAUGUUCUCAAUCAAUCUCAUAGACUCAUGACAUUUGUGGCGCAUUUUGAACAUGACAGUUGUGGCGCAACCCAACUGAAGCUGCUGUGGGACUCCUCUGUUGUUAAGUCAUCUAGCCCCCAACUAGGUUGCUGGUUGAUAAGCUGAUAAGCUUUGAGCAACGAAAUGUGUGCGCGUUCGCCAAAAACCUGACCUCCGAGUCGACGGCCCAAUACCAAAACAACUUCGGCACCCGUUUAUGUAAGCCGACAGAGGAGUGUAGCAUGGCGCGGCUUGUUAUACACCGUGGUGGCCUAGAUCCGAAAAAUUCCAACUCCAACAACGCGUCCCGGGACGUUGGGUCUAGGAGUUGGAGGGUUAGAGCAGGGACGAUUUAGGUGUGAGCGUACUUACGACCCCGGUGCGGUGUUCCUCCCUGAGCUUGACUCGAAUUAAUAAGACUGUUUGACUGCCGAAGCACAGAACCCCCAGCAAGGCAUAAGGGGCCGUUUUCAGUGCGAGUGUGUGUGUGUGUUUGUUAGUGGUUCUUUGUUUGCAAUUCUAUUUGCAAACCGUGCGGCCAAUGUGCGGCGUGUUUCAAUCGGCAUUCAGAGUCCGGUGAUUACCCCGCCGUGUUGUUGAUCCCCGAGCUCCGUUAUUAUGAUCCAAACCAAAGACCACAGUGUGUAUAUGUGUGUGCGUGCGAAUGGGCACCCGUUUUUUUUCUAAUGGCCGAUAUGAAGUGUGAGUGAGUGUACGCGGUGCGAAAUCAUCAACUGUGUAUCAAAGCAAAAGAAUAGCGCUUUCGGUGGUAACUUGGUGAAGCGUUCCACAAGCGCUCCGUAUCUGCGGUAACGCUUCGACGGCCCACAGUAUGGCCUACCUUUCCGAUGUAGAUCUCGCAACGCUACACCAGUCACGCCUCGAGGAGCGCGUACAGUAUCGGCUGUCGGCGCUGUGGACGCACGGAGCGGAAUCGGGCCGGGAUUAUCAGCGAUCGUUACCAGCAGUGUCGUCAUCCGCGUCAUCGUCGAGCACGUCAUUAGCAAUGUUUGGUGAUCGUGAAGCGGCAAAGCUUAGGGCCGUUAAGGUCCCAACCACGACCACUACAGGCAGCAGCAGUAGCAACGGCACUGUGAACGGUGCGAAGCACCCGAGUGCUAGUGAUAUAGUGAACAAUAACGUGGCGGAGCGGUGUCUACUAGAACCGAUCGGACCUACCUUGGGCAGAUCGGUCCCCAAGGCUUCGAUGGAACGACCGUACCAUCAGCAGCAGCAGCUGCAGCAGCAAUACAACUUUAGCGGUCAUGUGAUACGUCCUAGGAUUAGAAGUAGUAACAGCAUGUCCAGCAGCAGCUCGACUGCAUCCAACUAUCAUCAUCAUCAUCACCAGCAGCCGCAUCAUCACGCAAGCAGUAGCGGAGGAGGCAAACACGUGGAAUGGAGCGAUGACGAUCAUCUGCAUGACGACGGUUACUUCUCGUCCGACACACGCCGAAGAAGGUCCGGCACAUGGCCGCGCACGCGAAGUUUGAAUGCACCGUCCCCGUUUCAACAAUUUGGACCAUGCGGUCGGAUCAUGAAAAACUCGGCGAUGGUGAUGCAAAUACAGGACCCAGCGAGCCAGCGGUUAACGUGGUACAAGCCGCCGCUCGCCGUGCUGGUGAUUAAGAAGGUGCGCGACUCGAAGGUGCUGCAGCCGUUCGUGCAGCUGGUCGAGUGGCUGAUUCACGAGAAGCACAUGGUCGUGUGGGUGGAGGCGGCCAUCCUCGACGAUGCGCUGCUGACGGGCGACAAGCGCUUCACGAAGCUGCAGGACAAGCUGAUCACGUUCAAGGACGGGCGGGACGAUCUGACCGACAAGAUCGAUUUCAUCAUCUGUCUCGGCGGCGACGGGACGCUGCUGUACGCGUCGCUGCUGUUCCAGAAGUCCGUCCCGCCGGUCAUGGCAUUCCAUCUCGGGUCGCUCGGCUUCCUCACCCCGUUCCAGUUCGACAACUUCCAGGAGCAGGUGACGAACGUGCUGGAGGGGCACGCGGCCCUCACGCUGCGCAGCCGGCUGCGGUGUAUCAUCGUGCGCAAGGACAAGACGGAGCAGGAAAUCUCCACCUUUAAAUCGUCUCAGGAUCCGUCGACGAACAUACUGGUGCUAAAUGAAGUAGUCAUAGAUCGGGGCCUGUCGUCUUAUUUGAGCAACAUCGACCUGUUUCUGGACGGCAAGCACAUCACCUCGGUGCAGGGCGACGGGCUGAUCGUGUCGACGCCGACCGGCAGUACGGCCUAUUCCGCUGCCGCCGGUGCCUCGAUGAUACAUCCGUCAGUGCCCGCCAUACUGGUGACGCCGAUCUGUCCGCAUUCGCUCAGCUUCCGGCCCAUCGUACUGCCAGCGGGUGUGGAGCUAAAGAUUGCAAUCUCACCGGACAGCAGAAACAGCUCUUGGGUGUCGUUUGAUGGUCGAAAUCGCCAGGAGCUGCUGCACGGCGAUAGCCUUCACGUCACCACCUCGAUCUACCCGGUGCCAAGCAUAUGCGCUCAGGAUCAGAUUGCCGAUUGGUUCGACUCGCUCGCCGAAUGUCUGCACUGGAACGUGCGCAAGCGGCAGAAGUGUCUGGACGAGCUGUCCGACCUGACCGGUUCCGGCACGGAAGACAGCGCCAUCGACGACAUCGUGCGCGGUAUCGAGAACCUCGAGAACUAAAGCAUUGUCCGUGGAAACGGACUAAAGCAGCGGGCGAACAAAAGCGCAGCUGUUUAGGGGGAGACAACUCCGUACUCUGCGACAAACCAAUUUGUCGGACGGAAUGAAGAAAGGCGUACAAAGUGAUCCGAACAUAAUAAGCAAUCGAAAGUAGCGAACCAGGCAGCCAGGUAUGUGUGUGUGUGUUUGUAGCUCCUUCAUGUAUUAAGGAGGGCAGGUAGCAAGGAAACAGGAACGUCAUCGCAGAUCUCAUGCAGUGAUGUAGAAGUGCGUGUUGUAGUAGGGGUCGACUAUUGUUUGCUUUUAUGUUGAUUUUUCGUGUGGACAGCUUUGAGGACUUCGAAGCUGUAUGUUAGUGAGUAUGCAAUGACAUAACAAGGAUGUGUGUGUGUGUGCUUGUGGUUUUAGUGAAGGAGAUUGGAUCUUUCGCAAUAGACAGCGCCGUAAUGUUGUUGUAAGGUGUGUCUACAUGUGUAAAUGUUGGCUUGUCUGCAGAAUUGAUUAGAUUUUUUUCUUUUUUUUUAACAAAGGUUUGUGUUUCACACCGUUGCGUGUUCACUGUUUGGGAAAAGCGAGGGAUAUUCGUAGUGUUGGCCAGAGGGAAAAUGGCGCUCUAGAUGGUGCGGAAAGCGUAGCCUCCAGUUUGUUUAGUGUCGGUGGUUUUUUUGUUCUGUUAAGUUUUGUGAUGCUCUCAAGGAGAGCGCAACCGAAGGCAACAUGCUUCAAUAAUAGUGUUUAAGAGGGAAGUUAUUUGAGGUAAAGCAGCGCUGUGUUUUUUAAAACCACAUGCAAAUCAAUAGCAAAUGGAAAAUUUAAUCAAAAUCAGAAGAAAAUCGUCCUUGAAACCAGCUCAAUCAGUCAAUCGCUGUCCGCUCUGUCUGUUGCAAAGGCACAAAUAGGAAGCAGUUACCGUUGUUCACACAACAGACGGAGCGGACAGAGAGGAUAUACAAGCAAAAUAAGGCCGGGAAGGUAUAGUGAUGCUGGUUAAAGGAGAAAAAAGAAGAGAGAAAAAAACAAUGUUUUGUAGUGAUAAACCAAAUUUUAAUGAAACUGUAACAGGCUUCAGUUGUCGUUUUGUUUGACCGUGCUUUCGUUUCCAGCGUAGGAGGACCGGAAUGGGAUAGACGUAGAUAUUAUUAUGGAUGGCAGUGUUUCGUGAUUAAUGGCAAAUAGUACAGGGGAGGGGGCAUGGUAAUAAAUAGCAAAAAAAUAGGGAACUAAACUACCAGACAAGUGGGCAAAGUGUGCGUGUAUAUGUGCUGUAUACAACAGUGUAACAUUGCCGAGGUUCGCAGCAAGCAAGCAAAUGUAAGAUUCGAUCAAGGAGCGCUACUGGAUAGAGGGAAGGGAGGGGGGGGGGGGAUUAAGCGUGGAAUAAAAUUCGUGCUGAUCCCUAGAGGAAAUUUAUAUAAAACCGUGUGGAUGUAGAGAAAAAAAAGACAAAAAAAGUGAACAGAAGGAAAAAUAUAUAAGUAUACUAUUUAAUAAACGCGAA